CACCGGAAGACCCCAACACGCGUUUUCAUUUUCCACACCAAUAACAAAGUUUAUGUCCCAAUUUAAGCUUAAACUACAAUUCCAAUCUUGUCACCUACAAUGUCACAUUACAAGCCCACAAGUGAACUAAUUACUUAAACCCAAUCUUUGGGUUGAGUUUGAAAAUUCUGCCUCUGAAAAGCAUAUGGGGCUUGCUAUGUCACUAACAGAGACCAAAGACUGUUUUUUCCAUCACUCAUUCAAAGUUCUACAAAAUUCGCUGAAAGAUUUGAGAGUGUGUAAGAGGGACAAAAGUUGCUAUAUAUAUAUCUCUUACGAGAUAUCUUAAAGUGCAACAAACACUUAACCAAACAAACAAAAAUGAGACUUUCACCCUUUCUUGUUCCCCUCAUUCUCAUUUUCAUUCCGACUUUUCUCGGGUCGGUGUUUGCCAUUUCACCACUCAAAACCGAUACGUUAGAACCGGGGCAGCAGCUCAGAGACUGGGAGCAGUUGAUGUCCGCGGGUGGUAUCUUCACUCUCGGGUUCUUUACGCCUAAAGAAUCAUCUACUUUCGAACUCGGGUCAGCUGGUCUUAGAUAUCUUGGUAUCUGGCCUCAAAGGAGUCCAUUCAAUCCUGUUUGGGUGGGUAACCCAACCGAAUCAAUUUCUGAUUCAUCUGGUUCUCUAUCUAUUGAUGUCAAUGGAGUUCUAAAGAUCACACAGGCAAAUGCUUUUCCAAUCUUGGUGAACCAAAGACUAGCCGGGCAGCUUUCAUUGGUCGGGAAUGUCUCUGCCACUUUACUCGAUUCCGGGAACUUUGUGGUCCGAGAGAUCGGGCCACGAGGAGUCUCGGGUCGUGUUCUAUGGCAAAGCUUUGACCAUCCCACCAACACAUUACUUCCAGGGAUGAAGAUUGGCUUUAACCUAAGAACCAAGAAAGAAGUAUCAGUUACUUCUUGGAUAAGUGACCAAGUCCCACUCCCAGGAGCAUUCAGACUAGGACUAGACCCAUCAGGAGCUAACCAGUUACUCGUCUGGCGCCAUGGUGAAAUCUACUGGUCCAGUGGAAUCUUGACGAACAAUGGUAGCUCUCAUUUGACCUUAGAGCUAUCCAGAAGCUACAUUGAUUAUGAAUUCAAGUUCGAUUCAGAUAAGUACAUGAAGUACUUCAGUUACUCAAUCAAGAAAGCUAAUAGUUCAGUCUUGUCCAGCUGGUUCUUGGAUACUCUAGGCCAAAUCACUGUAACCAAUGUGCUCAGCAGCAACAAAAGCACCAACUAUAUUUCAGAAAUCAGUGAACCCUGCAAGACGGAUUUAAAAAACAGUUCAGCAGUCUGCAUCACGGAGAAGCCAACGGCUUGUAGGAAAGGUUCGGAGUAUUUCGAACCAAGAAGAGGUUACAUGAUGGAAAACAAAAAAGGUUAUUUCAAUAGUUAUUAUGUUGAUAGCUUGAGCUCCGGCCUUAGCGACUGCCAUCAAAACUGCUGGAGAAACUGCUCUUGCAUAGCUUUCCAAGCCUUUUCUAGUAAUGGAUGCCAAUAUUGGGGGAAAGGAUCAAAGUUUGUCCCUUAUGAUAGCUUCACCUCCAAUUUAAUAACUUAUGUUCUUGAUUCUGUAAAGUGAUGUGUGGUUGUAAGAUUGAUUAUGUAACAAGACUAAUAUCAAUAAACUAAUGAAUCAA